AUGAAUGUAGGGGAUCUAAUUCCCCAGCUGGCGGGUCUCACCUACAACCCGCCAAGCUCUCUGCCGAUCGGCCUAGGGGGCCAGAACUUCACGCACUGUUGCCUCCGGGCGCUGAACGACUCGUUGGUAGUUCGCUCUGAUGGGAACUUAUCCUACUCACCAACAUCGUUCGUGGCACCCGGAGUUUCAAUCGAGGAUCUUGAGACUGCAAUUCAAAACGACGAGUUUCCUUGCGGCGCGACCUUUAAUGGCGACCUGAGUGGCGCCCCGGUCGUCCGUAUCCCGUACUACUGGUGCACGGAGCAGUGUUCGGGAUGGGAAAUAUCGCACUCAAAUGCCAUGCAGCAGUGGAUAGGUCCACUAGUGCAGUUUAUCGUACCAAGUUUGGCAUUCUGCACCAACGUCCCGCGUACUCAUAGACUGGCGAUCCCGGAUUUUGUCUUUCGCGCCCACCCGCGUACGCUCAUAGGGUUCAUGACGUACUGGAUUCGGCUGCUAGGCGCGGUUGUGCUCAUGACUCUUGACACGGUGGUCUGGCUUGGGAUCUGCUUUGCCUUCGCGGGUCCGAUGCUGCUGAGCGCCGUGUACGAGUACGCGCUUGAUCGAAAGAUACUGGAAUUUAUGGACCCACCUCAUGGCAAACCUCCGCCUAUGCCCAUGCGGGUUGAGGGCUCAGUUACUGCUGUCUAUAGUCGUUGGGAAUAUUCGAAUGGCUACCCUCGAGAGAGAUGA